ACUCGAUGUGUAUACCUACUGCUUCACGUGUUUUAAAGUCUAUUUUGCGGGUUAGAUAUUGUUUGUAUAUAGUUCAAAAGUGAAAGCGAGACGAUGAAGAUGGUAGCUUUGGUCAGUGGAGGCAAGGACAGUUGCUUCAACAUGAUGCAGUGUGUUGCUGAAGGUCAUGACCUGGUUGCUCUGGCUAAUCUCUAUCCACAAGAUGUCGAUGAGUUGGACAGUUACAUGUUCCAGACUGUUGGUCACCAUGCAAUUGACCUCUAUUCUCAGGCCAUGGGUUUACCCCUCUACCGAACUGCUAUUAAGGGAGGGUCUAAAGAACAGGGCAGUGACUACCAACCCACAGAAGGGGAUGAGGUGGAGGACCUUUUCUUGCUCCUGAAGAAAAUCAAGGAUGAGAUGCAUGUAGAGGGAGUCUCAGUUGGAGCCAUUCUGUCAAAUUACCAGCGAGUUAGAGUGGAAAAUGUUUGCCAGCGGCUUGGCCUCAUACCACUUGCAUAUCUUUGGAGACGAGAUCAAUCUGAACUCCUUCAAGAGAUGAUACAGGCAAACGUCCAUGCCAUUAUCAUUAAAGUAGCUGCAUUAGGUCUUGGAGCUAAGCAUCUUGGGAAGACAAUAUCAGAAAUACAACCAUACAUGGAAAUCAUGAAAACAAAAUAUCACCUGAAUGUAUGUGGUGAAGGUGGAGAGUAUGAAACUUUUACACUGGAUUGCCCUCUCUUUACCAAGAAAAUAGUCAUCGAUUCUUUUGAUGUAGUAAAGCAUGAUGAUGACGAAGUGUCUCCAGUCUUCUAUAUUCACUUUGGGAAAAUGCAUCUUGCAGAUAAAGAUAUAGGAUUGGAAGAAAAGAGUUUUUCAGAGAGGAUAAAGGAUCUAAAGAUGAAGAGGGGUAGGAAUCUACAUAGAGAAUUGAUGAUCAAAGACCUUACACCAUCUCCAUUAAAUAGCACCAAGACUGAUCAUCUAGAUAUCAUCUGUCCUACAGUUGAUAAACUGAAGAGUCGUUUGUCACCCUCUUGCCAGUGCAGUAAUCAAGGAUUUGUGUGGGUGUGUGGAGUAAGAGCAACUUGUAAAGCAGAAUAUAGUACUUCAUCUAUUCUACUUAGCACUCAGGUUGCUAUGGAAACACUUAAUGAACAACUUAACAGCAAAGGGUAUUCACUAAAAGAUGCUGUGCUAAUACACCUGUAUGUGAGAAAUAUGUCAGAUUUUGCAUCCAUCAAUUCUGUCUAUUGUCAGUACUUCAAACUCAAUCCAUCAGCAAGGGUAUGUGUUCAGGCUGACUUACCAGAAGGUAUAGCAUUACAGCUAGACUGUUUAGCCCAUCACACCCCCACCUCUGCCCAAGGGUCAGGCGAGGGAGGGGUUGACAUAGAGAGGGACCCCGCCCAUUAUAGGACCACCAUGCAUGUUCAGGGUUACUCACAUUGGGCACCUGCCAAUGUAGGACCUUACAGUCAGGCUGUACAGAUAGGUAGCCUUGUAUUCUGCGCUGGAAUGAUACCUCUCUGCCCUAGCAACAUGACCCUUAUAGAGGGGGGCAUUAAUGCUGAGUCCACAAUCUCCCUGCGUAGCUUGACCAGAGUUUUAGCUGCUAUGCAUCCUGGGAUGGGAUUGAAUCAUGUUGUCAUGGCAACCUGCUAUGUCAACAAGUCAGGGUUAGAGAUGACAGCAAGGAGACACUGGGACCAGGCACUCAAUGAAGAGAAGCACAAGUUAGAAGAGGGUGAUGCCGAUACAUAUCCCAGCACUCCUUGCCUGAUGAAUUAUGUGAUCGUUCCUCGCUUACCCAAGGGAGUAUGUGUGGAGUGGCAUGUAGUUGCAGAUACCAACAAACAUUCAUGGCAGUAUGAAAAGAGUAAUACUGUUGAUAGUGGUAUUUCUGUGGGAAUAGAGACAACAUGGUGUAAUCAGUCUGGAGCAAUGGCCGUCAUGGCAACAGUAGAUCCCCAAGGUUCUAGAAAAGAGCUACAUCUCCAGACCAUAGUUCAGAGACUCUGUUCAUCCAUCGCUGGUGUUUUAAAAGAUCACAGCAAGGAAUUUAAUGAUGUCCUUUCUUUCAAAGUAUUUCAUAACCAGUCAUUGAUUCCACAGAUACAACUCAAUACUGUACUUCAGAGUGAACUACAGGUCAUCUGCGAGAGCACAUUGCAUUUUACAAGUAUACCAGUGGCAUCUUUACCCUAUCCAAAUCUUCUUUGUGCCUGUAUAUGGGUACAAGGUGUACCAAGAGUGGAUGAUUAUGACUAAUUUGAUUAUCAAUGAAUUUUAAGUGGAGUUUGUUCUCAUUUAUUUUAAUUAUCAAUUGUAACAUACAUUAUGUACCAGCAACAUCUCUAUUGUGAUCUAGUAUUUAUAUACUUUUAGAAUGAUACAGGGCAUUGUUCUAACAAUGGACAUUGAUAAUAAAGUAGUGACCUCUCUAUCCCUCAUUUUCAGUUCAAAUACAUGUUCUAACAAUGGACAGUGAUUAAUUAUUUUGAUUCUUAGUAGUUAGACCAAGAAUAUUAGCAACCUCUCUACUCUUGCAUUUCAUUCUAUGUACAUGGUUACACGGCAUCCCAACAAAUAAUGAUCAUUUUAUAUUCAUUGUUAUUAUUUGAUAAUUUAUUAUUUUAAGUCACAAUCAUCUAUGCUAGUGACAUCUUUAUCUCUAUCAUUCUUUUCGCUCAUACACUAGUACAAACAAUGGACAAUUUUUUUUUCUUCUUGAUUAAGUAUACCAGUGAUCUUUUGCCAUUAUGAAUCAAUUUCAAAUAUAUAUUCUUCCUAUUUCGUUCCUGACUGCAUUUGAAUCUACCUCUACUAAAAUAAAAAGAAAUAUUAACAAAAUAAAUUACUGUAAUGUGAGCUAAUGGAUCCUGUACUCACACAUUAUCAGUUUCAGGAUUCUUGCACCUUCCCAUUAGAUAAUGCUGUGCAUUGUCACUACUUGUAUCCAACAAACAUGAACAUAUAACAAAGUUUUGAAAUAGUUAUGGGCUGUGACUUAUUAUGUCAAGAUAGUACAUUUACAUUUUGAAGAAGAAACAAUCUACGUGUAUGCCAAAUUUUAAUUAUUCCUUUUUAUAAUUCUUUAUUUUUAAUGCCUUUACUUUGUAUAUUAUGAAUGAGGUAUCAUAAUUCAAUAUCAAAUAUUGAUGUUGAUUUAUACUCGCAUUAAAUAUGAUUAUAUAAAAGUA